GUUUUAAACCAAAAUUGUGUUUGAAUCAUUUCCUCAACAAUGAAGACUACAGUCAUAGUGUUGGUUCUGCUUGUGUCUGUAACACGACAUGCAGCUCUUCAAGAUGAGCAUGGUAAAGUUGAAGGGAAAAGUUUGACUGAAAAUGAGAAAUACUGCCAAAAUCAUGUGUGUAUGGAGUUAAGAGAGCUGAAACAAGCAGUGGCAGAACUAAAAGUGCAGCUACAGGAGAACAAACACCAGACAGAGCAACUCAAAACUGAGAAUGAUGCUUUAAAGCAGAGAUUGACGUCAACUGAGUACGCUGUGGAAAAUGUAAAAGAAGCACAAGCAAACAUACCAAAGGUGGCAUUCUCAGCUGGUUCAGGAUAUAAUGGGAACUAUGGACCCUUUAACAUGGAUGUCAUCAUGGUCUUCAGUCGUGUGAUUACAAAUAUCGGGAAUGCCUACAGCCCAAACACUGGAGUUUUUAGAGCACCAGUGAAAGGCAUCUACCACUUCACAUUCACCGUCUUUGGGCUUAGCAAGACACACUAUAUUGGGGCGAAAUUUUUUAAGAAUGAACAACUGUAUUUUCAAACGCAUGAUUUACCUCAAGGAUAUCAUGAGUCUGUAACGAGGUCUAUCAGUCUGAUACUGGAACAGGCUGACGAGGUUUAUUUAAAGCUCCGGGCAAACUAUCAGCUUUAUGAUGAUGGAAACAUCUACAACAUGUUUGGUGGAUUUUUGAUUCUCCCCCUGUAAAGCAGUGGCCUUGCUGAAAUACAUAAUAAAUUGUAAAAAUGCUUGAAA